GAAAGCGAAAGGGGAGGAGUGGAGGAGAAAUUGUGCUGAGGGAGGGAUGCGGCCGUGCGUGCGGGACGGGAGAGGAGCGUGAUUGCAAUCACAGCAAAAAGAAGAAGAAAAAAAGUCCGACUGCCGAAGCUGGGGAGAGAGCGCACCGAGAAAGUCACGUGGGGAGCGGAUCCUUUCGCGAAGAAAAGCUGGAAAAGUGGGACUUCUUCUGCCGGGACUUUUAGCUGCUCUCCGCCCCGCAUUCCGCGGUGUUUUCAUGCGCACCCGUGGAGGGGAGGACGGAGAGACAAGUGAGGGUGAAGAGACAGAAGAAGAAGAAGAAGAGGUGAUCGGGCUUGAACGCCUCCCCUCUGCGCUCCGUGGAGGUCGGUCCACUCUCCCCUCCUGGCCCUGCAUGGACGGGGAUGGGGAGAGCCGGAUGCCGUUGCCGCGGGGCUGAGCGCCUGGCUUCCCCGUCUAUGGUGCGCCGUUUCCGGCCAUCGCUGCUGCUGCUGCUGCUGCUGCUGGUUCUGUCCUACGGAACUUACAUGGGUCACUGCCAGGUGGCAUCUCCUCAGUGUCGAAUCCAAAAGUGCACCACCGACUUUGUCUCCCUGACCUCCCACCUGACCCCUGCUGUGGAUGGCUUUCACACCGAGUUUUGCAAGGCUCUACGCGCUUACUCCGCCUGCACACAGAAGACAGCCAAGUCCUGCCGGGGCGACCUGGUCUUCCACUCGGCUGUGCUCGGCAUCUCGGACCUCAUGAGCCAGAGGAACUGCUCCAAAGACGGCCCCACUUCCACCUCUCACCCUGAGAUCCAUGCGGAGCCCUGCAACUACCACAGUCGCAGCCAGCAGGCGCACAUCCACUCCCACCUCCAUGCGCACACGCACUCCCACGCUCACAACAGCGGCCACUCUCGGCCCGGGUACCUGUUUUGUGGACUUUUUGGAGACCCACAUCUUAGAACAUUUAAGGACAGCUUCCAGACCUGUAAGGUUGAAGGGGCGUGGCCACUUAUUGACAAUGACUACCUUUCAGUGCAGGUCACUAAUGUGCCUGUGGUUCCUGGCUCAAGUGCCACAGCAACCAACAAGAUCACCAUCAUCUUUAAGCCUUACGAGGGCUGCACAGAUCAGAGGGUCUAUCAGGCGGUCACCGACAACCUCCCCGCAGCCUUUGACGAUGGGACUGUGAGCAGUGGAGACCCCAUCCACACCUCUGUUAGUGCAGAGGGUGCGGCCAGGAAGGUCCGGGCUUUGUGGAUCUCUGAGCGCAGCCCGGGGCGCCACGUGGAGCUGCACGCUGGCUACAUCGGUGUAACUGUGAUUGUUCGCCAGCUGGGACGCUACCUGACGCUAGCAGUGCGGAUCCCAGAGGAGAUGGCUCAGGCCUAUGACGCCACCCAAGACCUUCAACUCUGUCUGAAUGGCUGCCCUAGCAGUGAACGCAUUGACCAGGGGGGGCAUCUUCCCUUGCCACGGUCUCCCCCAGCACUUGGCUUGCAGCUUCAGCAGCUACGUCGGCCUAGUUACUCCUCACAGACGCAACCACAUCCCUUUGGUGUCAAUCAAGUUUUCGGAUUGGAGGGGGCGAAGGAGCGUUGUAAGGAGCAACUGAAAGUGCCAGACAUUUACUUCCACUCUUGUGUGUUUGAUCUCCUGACUACCGGGGAUGUGAACUUCACAGUAGCAGCAUCCUGUGCUCAGAAGGACAUGGAGAGCCUCCACCCACACCGGGACAGGUGGAGAAUCUACCCCCAUGGCUCAGCAGGGAGCAACUUACAAUCCAAGUAUCAUUCUGUCGGCCAGCUUGCCCUGCUCUUGCUGACUGCAGUUUUAAUACUCUGAUGGCAGGGUUUGCUUGUGUGUAGGCUGGGGCAGACCUGUGCACGACAGAGGAAGUUUAUGGAGUUUUUUGCAGAGCACUCCAUCUUCUCCUACAGAGCGGAAACAGCAGGCUGGACAUCUACUGGGACCUUGUUUUAAAAAUGUCAACUGGUCUUUAAGUGUGCACAGGACAGCGUGCGGAGCCUCUGACUUGGAGGAAUUGCAGGACAUACCUGAAAAUGACUAGAAUUCUACUUUCUGAGUGAAUCAACUGUAAAUACUUAUUUUUUCAGUGCACAGUGUAAUGGUGACAUUUUAUUAUGUUUUUGUUGUUAUUCUUUAAUUAAUACCUCAAACCGAGGAUGUAUGUUUAAACAAAAGCACUUUAUUUCAUUUUUUUCACACCACCAAUCAGUGUUUGUUUUUCCUCACUCAUGCACAAAAAGAACCCACCUGUGACAGGAUUAUCAGUAUGUAAGUUUAAUCCCUUGUUCAUUUCAAAGUUGGAGAUUUGACCUGGCAUCUGUUUUUCAAGUCAGUGUCACUGUGAGCUUUACUGUUAAAUGCAUUAGGUAUAGUGUUGCAGCAAAAUGCCUUUAGUACUACUUCGUGGUGACAUGUUUUUUGACCAGUCAGGUCGGCUGAUUUUCCGAUUUUUGCUUUUUUACUGUUUGAUGCAUGUGGCUGUUUCACAUGAGUCACGUUUAGAGGUAUUCCUACAUUUCUUGCCAAAAUUCUGUGACUGUACAGACUUCUAACUUUUGAACUCCCCAUAUUGCUUGUUAUCAUUUGAGCCAAAGACAAAAUAACGUGUGGUUUUUGUGUACAAAUUCAUGAGUCUCGGCUAAACCAACACCUCUUUCUAAAUGACCAGAAACAUACCAAGACAUUGGAAAGGAAAAUGGACCAUUUUCGGGUGAAAUACUUAAUUUCUAAUAUGCUGCAGUAUGAGCUUAAGAUUUGUUUAUGAUAAUUUGAUGCCUUGCAGAAACAUCAAUACUUUCUAAACUCUAGGAUUAUGUAUAGUUACACCCAACCUGUUAGAUCAACUUAGUUUUUUUUUUGCAUUUUUCUCUUUUAGAUUGUGUGUGAUUGUCGUUUUGGUAAAGAGUGAGUGGCUAGUGUUGAAAUACGUAACUUAUUUAUUAACUUAGUGUGCGUAGAAGAAGUUAAGCUCCAUACUCUUGCUGUUGGAUAAUUUAAAGAAAAUGUCAGCUGUGAUUGUACUGCCACCUAGUGGUGCUUUCUUGCUAUGUCAAUGUGUUACUAAAAGUGCUAAAAAAUGCA